CGUGGACCGUCGCCGCUUGAGAGGGGGACUCUAUCACGCGGUCUUUUUCACUUCUAUUGUCAUCCUGCAACCCUAAGCCUCGAGAGUCGGGGGGUAUUCGCAAUGAGCAAGUCCAAGUAUCAAGAAGCACCUGAAGACGAUGGAUCGGGGGGUCUAUUAGGAUGCACUGAGACUCCUCAUUCGAGCCCUGACCGACUCCCGGUCCCAAGAUAUCUUCUUUAUAUGCCACUGGGGAUCAGCCUCCUCUUCAAUCUUAUCAAUCUGUUCUAUAUCAUCCAAGGUUCAGGAGAUAUUUGCAUUCCAAACCCUACAUAUCCACCAGCGAACCAGAUCAUAGAUUAUGAGACCGUGACCUUUACCAGCGGCUCCGGAUCUGCUAAAACCCCAUAUAUGGGCCCUUUUAGUGACGCGUAUGAUAAAGCGUGGGAUGACUUAUACAACUGGAUGGCACCUUGACUUCUACCUCUAAACUUCCAUAUCGAAAUGCUCUUACCAAGCUUGGCUCCUUUUUUUUCUUUUUUUUUUUUUUUUUUUUUUUUCCC